AUGGCAGGAAAAGAAUCCGCUGGCUCCCGGCGGGUCACCUCGACGAUCUCUAACAACAAAGAAAUAGAUCUUCUAAUCCCACCUCAUCUCAAAUUCUUGAUAUCCAACAUCAAGAAUCUUGUUCCCACCACUCUCACUACCAAAAAUUACCAGAUCUGGAUGCUCCAACUGUUCCAGCAUUUAUCUGCGAAUAGCUACGGUGAGCAUCUCAUUGGUCAGGUCGUCUGUCCAGUGGAAGCCGACGAAUCCGAGCAAUCUCACUGGGCUCUCAUAGAUCGUAAUCUUGUCUCAGCACUUCCCUCUACGAUCUCACCGUCCAUUCUCCCAUACGUUAUCAUGCUCCGCACCUCUCACGACGUCUGGACAACCCUUGAACUCCGAUUACAACCUACAAAUCGGUCCCGGGUUAUACAGCUCAAGAAUGAGCUUCACCAUAUACAAAUGAGAGAUCGAACAAUGCAACAGUAUCUUGAUCAAAUCAAGACAAUUGUGGACAACAUCGCGGCGGCCGGAUCAACCAUUGACAUGGAAGACAUAGUUCUUUAUAUCCUUAACGGGCUGCCCGCCGCCUACAACUCGUUCAAGACGGCAAUUAGAACAUCUCUUCAACCCAUCAACCUUGACAACUUAUAUUAUUUGUUGAGCAACAAAGAAAUAAAUUUACAGUAUCAACAGCUCCAAGACAGUCAUCAUUCUGAUUCUACUACAUUGUUCACAAACCGCUCGGCGAACUACAGGGGAAAAUCAAACAAAUGUCGGGAAGAUGGGUCACUCGACAGUCAAUUGUUGGCACUGGUGCAACCUAAGUUAUGCACCUCCGACCAAUCUGCGGGCGCUUACGGCACAACAGCAACACGCAGUCACCAAUGA